AUGGCGCUCCUUGAGCAAUCGGAGCUCACAGCAUUCCUGCAGGCGCAGGGGGUGCACGAAGUAGUCUGCAACGGCCUCGCCCUCAAGGGGCUUGAGACAGUUGAGGACCUGGCAUUUGCCUACCCAGACCUUACUAGCUUUGACACCUUUCUGCAGAACCUCUCGGAGUCGGACCUCAGCGACAUGGGGGCCAAGGGCAAAGUGCUCUGCAAGCGUUACCAGAGGAAUCUCUGUUUCAGCCUUGGAGCAGCCUCACCCAACCGGGAGCUCGCAGCAGCACCCGUCGCCAUCAUCCCAAGCCACAGGAAGGUUUGCCAACCGGGUCUGGACGGCUCCACCUGCCUGCGGCAUGCCCGCGACGCCAACGUCUGCGCCAUUGACCUAUCGCAAGAAGACAGCCAGGAACUGCCCGACCUUCUCCUUCAGGCGAUUUGGUCACGGGUGGUUCUAGGCCUCAUUGCAGACCUCAGCUCACUCGCCCCACACCUAGACGAAGCAUGCGCUUUUUUGCAAGCCAUCCGCUCCUCCGGAGCAUCCGCCUUGCUAUUUCUGCUGGCAGAUCAUUUCCUCUUCCAGGCGCCACCGUUCUGCGAAGACGACGGGGGGCUCUUUCUAUGCCCGGAACCAGAUUCAGAGAGGAUUCUCAUAGCCACAGCUCCCUUGCCCACGUGGCCUUGCGUCGACCCGGGUCUUGCAGCUCUGGAGGACAUUAUGCAAGCCUGGCUCAAAUGGGCAUCCCAACGCGACAUGCCCAAACGAGUCUUUGCACACCUCGCACAAAGCAAGCCAGAUCACCCCAUCCCAGAAGAAGACCAACUUGAGCUCAUUCGGAUAGCCUGCGAGGUCAUGGAAUGGGACUACGACUCCAUGACGCAAGCAGCCGAAGGACAGCCCUUUCGCCUCAAUCUUAUGCAAGCCUUUGCAGACCUCCUCAACGACCCAGACAAAGAUCUCCCAGCCAUGUUACGCGUGGGGGUGCACACAGGAGUCUUUGACCCCAUUGAGCCCUCGGGGCUUUGGCCAUUAGCCAAGAUCCAGCCUCUGGCCUCAUCAGGAUUGGAGGUAUGUGAGGGGAACUGGAAGCCAGCCGAGGCAGACCCGGAUAGCAGACGAAGAAGAAGCAAUUGCUCUAUCUCUCCUCGGAUGUGGCCAGCCUUUCUCCACAGCCUAGACUCCAGAGCCGUCAUCUGCCGGCUCAUACCAGGAGUCAACCUGCCGCUUAAGGCCCGGAUCAUCGAGGUCGGCAGUCGACCAGUGCACUGCAAGGCCGACCUCCCGCCACAGCCUAAGACCUCGGGACCUACUUGGGUCCGUAUCUCGGACCCCGCCUGCCCUGAGAUCAAGCUAACCAACACGGCCCAGGACAGCCUACGUUGGUUACUGCCACGCAUUGAAGCCAUACCGACAACAAGCCUCUCACUUCCGCCCCUUGUCGCGUGCCUAGCCAGAGCGGACGCCAUGGCUGAAGGGGACAGAGUUGGCAUCGGGGGAUGGAUCACCACCAAACACAGCAUGGCCUGGUUUGCCGAAGCCUGGACCAUGGACGAGGUGAGGAGCACAUGGCCUUUUCUCACCAAGGAUGCCCAGAAAUACAUUGCCUGCUUCGAGACGCUAGCUCAGCUUGCACUUGCCAUGACAGCCCGAGAACGCCACGCCUUCUCGCAGUUUUCGGUCUGUUUGCCAUCGCAGAGCGACAACACGCCAUCAGAGGCGGGCAUCAACAAGCUUUUCACAACCAGCUGGCCCCUCUCACAGUUCCUACAGCUGAUAGCAAAGUGGUCAUCCUGCCAUGGCGUUGACCUACAAGUUUCUCACGUUGCAGGAGCACACAACCAAUGGGCGGACGACCUCAGCCGAGGUCGGCUUCAAGCCUUCAGCCACAGACCUCAAGAACGAGUGCGGGUCAGCCUUUACCGACUUGCAUCCGCGGCCUCCCAGGCCACCUGGUCAGGACCCCCAGACACAACAAGCCCUCUGUUGCCUAGACCAGAGUGA